GGGCGCAGGCGCUGCAGGCGGUUGGCUCGGAAGCGGUUUGAACGUUGGCGCGCGGCAGUUAUGGAGUCUGUGCUGCGAGGUGUCUCCGCCUACGUGGAGGUGUGGUCCGCCAACAGGACGGAGAAUUAUUCCAAGACCUUUGCGCAGCAGCUGCAAGACAUGGGAGCCCAAGUUUCAAAAACUUUUAACAAGCAUGUAACUCAUGUAAUCUUCAAAGAAGGACAUUUGGCUACAUGGAGAAAAGCACAGCAGACUGGAGUAAAACUGGUUUCCAUACUGUGGGUAGAAAAAUGCAGAGAAACUGGUGUACGGGUUGAUGAAUCUUUAUUUCCUGCAGUGUAUGCCAGUGAAGGAUUACCCCUACAUAUUAAAAAACAUAAAUGCAUGCAACCAAAAGAUUUUAUUGAAAAAACACCAGAAAAUGAUAGAAGACUGCAACGAAGAUUAGAUAAGAUGGCAAAAGAACUACAUAUACAAAAAAAUGCUUCAGAUAUACCAGUUUUAUUAUUUGAGGAUGAUGGCUCGCUAGUGUACAGCCCUGUUAGUAAAUUAAAGGAGCAAUGCAAUGCGAUGGAAAGGAGAAUAAAAGACAUGAAGGACAAAAGGGAAAAUCUUUCCCCUACUGCUUCACAAAUGACUCCCACGUCUACAUUUAAUUCAAAACGGCCUGAAAAUGGACCAUUCCUGGGUUUAACCAGUUCAGCAGAUACAUUGUUGCCAGAAGAGCAAAUCAAUGAUUCUUUAAACUCAAGUUUUGAUGACCUUUGGGGAAAUUGUAAAUUAAAGAGACAGAAGAUAGAGUCACUGGAAUGCAUUAAUGCGGCUCAAAGUGAUAUUUAUGUUUCUACACCUGCAUUGGAGGAUUCUUCCUUCUGCAGCAAUGAUCGAGAGAACUUAACUCCAAAACAAUGUAAUAGAAAACAGUUAAACAAAAAACUGAUCUUACAACACUCCUUGGGGGGUGACCUUUCAGAAAAGGGAGAAUCUGAAACAUCUCCUAACAAGAAACAGGAUUAUGAUGAUAAUCUGACUUCUCUAUCAAUUGCGACCAACAUUUCAUUUCUCCAAGAAAAAGACUUGAGUCAUUCUGCUUCUUCACAAAGAACAGUUCAGUUAGAGGCUGCUGCAGGUACCAAAGACAGUCACUCGGAUUUAUUAGUGAGCAGCAAAGAUUUUAAUAUGUGUUCAGUUGAUGUAAGUGUUCCUGUUGACCUAAGGGAUUGUGCUGUUGGACAUAAAACAAAGGGGAAAUCAAAAAGAAAAAGAUCUAGUACAAAACUGACUACCUCAGUAUUAUGUAAGUCAGGGGCUGAAAAUGAAUUUCUGGAAGCAAUGACCACACGUAACAAGAUUUCACAUGCUGAGAAGGGUUCAUAUGAAGACUUUUUUUCAUCUUCUGACUUGAAUAAAAGUGAAAUACAAGAAAGCCAUUUUGUUCUUGGAGUUCAACAGAAAUCAUCAUGUUCUCCUGAAGUGACAUAUAAAACAGGCUCUUCAAGGAGAGAAUCAAAUGAACAGUGUAGUGCUCUUUCCAAAAAGAAAAGAAAAACUGUUCAGACAAAUGGCACUUUGUUAAAGAGUGACUGCAAAUUAUCUGAACUUCUAGAAAGUACAAAAAGUGUAACUUUAAAUUGUAUGGUAGAUGGAAAAAAUGCUCAGACUGCAGAAGACUUAGUUUCUAGCUCACUGAAUCAACUCCAUCAGAACACUCGUGAAAAUAACUGCAGAACUAAUGUGAAUUGUUCCCCUUUUCCUUCUGGAGCAACUCUGCAGGACGAUAAUACUGCAAUGAUGGUAUCACUUUCUUUAAAAAGUGAAAACAAGGGCACAGCGGAGCCAAAAGAACACCCACUUAUUUUCCCAGACUCUGCAAGUAUGGAAAAGUCAACAGACGAUAAGAAGGAAACUCUACUCAAAAAAUGCAGUCCAAGUGUUGCAAAUGAAAUAUCAGUAUGUGAUGCCAUAUGUGGCUCUCGUGAAGUUUUUAAUGCAAAACAGAAUAAGCACAAUGGGGAGUUAAAGAACACUGGGAGAAUCAAAAAGCCAAUAAGAACACUAGUCAUGACCAGCAUGUCUUCUGAUUAUUGGUGCCACCCACAAAUCUGUUUCAGGUUUGAAAACAUUAAUCAAAUCAUGAUAGUUACAUGAAGAUGAGUACUAAAAUGGCACUCAAAUACUGGCUAUCUUUAAAAGAUUUGUACAUGUUUCUGUCAAUAUUUUUCCCAUAAGCCUAAGUUAAUAUGUCAAGAAAAUGGAAAUAAAGUACAUUUUCAUUUUUAUCUUGUUCCUGUGUAAUAAAACGUGACAUUGAUGGCACUGUCCAUCUAUGAACCUCAGUACAAUUCAUAAAUCACUCAGUAAUGCAUCAUUAUAAGGCAUGUAAAUAUGAUCAGCAAGUUAUAGAUGAGAACAGUGAGUUUCAGGCAAGCUUUCAUAUUCAAAAGGACACAGAAAAAGUCUUGGCAAAGUUGGAAGAGAAUCUAUUUCUCUGGACCCAAUCAUAAGGAUGUCCUACCCAUGCAAGCAAGUACAGAUGUAUCUGUAUUGUUUCCAUACAUUCCUGAUGUAAAAUCUGCCUUACCCUAAGCAUUAUUGCACAUACUUACUAUAAAAAUAUUUUGUGAUAACCAACUUUGUUCUUCAGAACUCCUUUAAGACCUGUGAUUUAGUCUUUCUGCAGUUAUGAUGCAUGAUAAGGUUGUGCCCACCAGUCUAUGGGGGGGGGGGAAGUCCUAGGAGAGCAAAAAAGAAACAAUCCAAAAUAGAAAGCCAGCUGUCAACAACCUGUUCUUUAGUCCAAAGAGGAUACAGAGACCAAAAAAGUCACUAGAAUUUAACUGUAUAAAGUGGUGAAGUUGGUGGUGUCGUGGCAUCAUUUUUUGGUCAUAAAGAGCAUAUCCUCACCUAUUGGUCUACAGCAGUGUUUCAUGAAAUGCAAAUCAGUAUCCUCAGUUUUGCAGUAUAUUGAGAUAUAAGCUAGUCAGAUGCUGUGAUCUAUGAAACACUAUAAACAAUCUAAGAGCUAUUUCAGUUUUUCAUAUUGUAGAACUUUUCCUCUCCUAAAGAAUCUUGUGGGUAUAUCAAAAAGAGCCAAGACUAAUUCUAGGCAUAGUGUGAAAUUCACAUCCCCUGAGCUUGUAGUCCAGCAGGGUCAGCAUCCUCUAUGGAUUGUAAAGUUACCAUGACCUUUGUUAAUGUGCUCUGUCAAGCUGAAAUCCUUUUUUAUGGUUAAAAGGAGGCUGAAGAUUUUCCAGUUACAUCUCUUGACAAAUAACUAAGGCCAGGAUUCACACAAAUGAGUGUAUAAAGUUAGGCUCCUAAGUGUCCUGAUUUUUCUUUUCAAAAGUGUUUCUUCACUUACAUCACCUUUUGAUUUCAGUGGCAAGUCAGUUUGUUAAGCUGUUUAUUUUCUUUGUUCUGUAGUUCCUUUAAAUCUCAGUUUUAAAAAAAAAGCUGCUGCUUUGGCUGUGGAGAUUGCUUUUUGGUUUUGUUAAAGUUGUUCUGUGUUCUGUUUGUUUUAGCUAGCUUAUUUUGAGAACUUUUUUAAAGUUACUUUCUGCAGAGAAAAAAAAUGGCUGGAAUGAAAGUGCCCCAGGGCUUCAGGAGAUGUCCAGAGUGUGCUUGUGCUGAUUGAGUAAUGGGCUCCGUCUGCUUUGUCUCGGAGGAGCAACAUUAUGCAGGAUGUGGCUCCACUCAGGAUUUUUUUCUAAAUUAUUUAUCUCCAGUAGAAUACCAUAGGUCUUUUAUCCUUCUUCACAAGAUUGCUAGUUAUCAGAUUUGUGAAUGGUGAAGGCAAUUGAACUGGGCUUUGGGGCUAUAAGGUGCCAAUCUACCCUAUCUACUGCCCAAAUUAUUAGGAGACAUAAGGAAAGGAAACAAAAGUGAAAGGAAAUAGGAAGAAGGUAGGGGACAAAAAGGCAAGAGGAGUCUGAUGAGCAUGAAGCCAAGGUAAAGACUGUGAGGGAAGAUGAAGAAGAGGUUUAGAACAAAUAGCCAGUCAGUAGAGGGCAGAGUUCAAAUGUAUGCAUAUUUUUUGCACAUGCUACUGUUUGUGUAAUAAAAAUGUUCAUGUUGAGUGAUGCUGAUUUCUUUUUUUUUCUUUUGGCAGGAAACAGAAUACUGUAAUUCAGGUGGUGAAUAAAUUAGGAGGCUUUUCAUUUUCAAAUGAUGUUUGUGAAACAACUAGUCAUGUAGUUGCAGG